CUAUUAUCCAACAUCUAUCUCGUUGUUCAAAUUGCUAUCGUUUUUUAUUGUAUAAUUAAGGAUUUGAUAUUGACAUAAGAAAGGGUUCCAAUUUAACCUACUCUGGAUUGUGGCUGAAUUGUCCUAUUAAUUUCCCUUUAAUAGUGUUAUUAGUAAUUUUCGGAAUUCGAACGAAUUGGUUCUUGUAUUAAUUAAAGCUUAAUUCCUUUUAAUCUGUUUGAUGACUUUGCGAAAAAGCAUCAUGAACCUUUUCUAGUAUGAUUGACAAAAAGCGGUUGUUUCGAUCGCCUAUUUCUGCACCACCCGAAAAUUUUAAAUCUGGAAUUCCUUGGUUAGAUAGUUUAGAUGAAGAAGGGAGUGAUACCGAUAACUCUGUGUACGAGAUUCCUGAAUCUAUUGAAGAGUCACUUUCCAAUGUAUGCGGUGAAGCAUUGUCUCCCUGCACUAGACCGGUGAAUAGCGCAUCUCACUUAUCAGAUACAUUGCAUUAUGUGCCGAGUGAUCCUUCCUUUAUUGAUAAACGCAUGAUCGAUUUACCUGAACCGGAUGCGUUUAGUCUGUCAUCCAUCAACCGUAGCAAGUCUGAUUCUGUCCUCUUGAACAAGCGUAAAAGCGAGGAUUAUAGAGGUAAAGCUAUUACUGAGUUUCGUCAAAACUAUCAGAAUAAGAUAAGAAGGCCACAAAAAAAUGCUCCAUUUCAGGAAACUAAACUUCGUCAUCAAGUCUCACAGAAUGAUUCAAACCAAAAUGAUGACACUGAAGAUGAUGAAAUUGACGCCCCUUUUCUUUCCUUGAAAUCUCUGAGGUUUCCUGAAUCUGUAUCAGAUGAUGAUGAAUCUUCAAGCCUUGGUAAUUUUGAAGCCCUUGAUCCUAACGACUGGUGGAGUAUGCUCGACAAGUCAGGCGAGGAAAAGGCCAGGUCUCAUACUUUAAGCACAUUAUUUGGCCUGGACUAUCACCGAGAAAGUUAUGAUAGUUCACAUCCAAAAAGCGGUUCACACCCGUCUGUUCUCUCUGACGAUUCUUGGAAAGCCCCAGAAAGUUGGGCUAUUAAUCUUCCUUCUGAAGUAACUAAGAAAAGGGAAUCUUUCAGUGCUAGAGUCUUUGCUCAUCCUUCUCAUGAAGAGAAUAGUAAACCCUUUUUUUUACGAGUUUAUCGGGACGACAGAACAUCUGUUUCGUUUUCCUGCCCUAUGAAUAUAAAGACCAGUGAUAUUAUUCAGCGCUUGGCAAGGCUCUUCUUUCUUCCAUUUUCAGCCAAUUUUUACCUGCUUUUGGUUCAAUUUAAAACCGAGCGUGUCUUGCUUCCUCAUGAGCAGCCGUGUAUAAUUUUUCAGAAACUACUUACCUACUUCGGAUGCGAUCAAAAUUCGGAAGAUGAAAUGACAGAGGAAGACAACUAUAGUGUUGCAAGACUGGUUUUUACUACCAUGGAUAUUGGUGCUGAUGUACUUAGAAAAAUGUCUGAGAAAAAAUUCUCUCAGCAUUUGGAUAUACGACGUUCCAAUCUCGAGGUGAUUCCCAUCAAGUUUUAUCCUCAUGCACAUGAGUUGUUAUCUUUGAAUAUAUCCUCCAACCUUUCGCUAGGUUUGCCUAUUGAUUUUAUGGAACGAUGCGUCAAUUUAAAGAAUUUGGACAUGUCACAUAACUUAAGGCCUCCAAGGGGAAAAUCUCUUUCAACAUUACGCCAACUUGAGGUUCUAAAUGUUUCCAGAAACGAUAUUUACGAAUUGGAUCCCGUCAUCUUUUCUGGGAGAAGCCGGUCUACCCUUAAAGAAUUUUACUGUUCUUUAAACAAGCUUUUGUUUCUUCCUUACUCUAUUCGUUAUUUGACCCAUUUGACUGUCCUUGAUCUUUCUUAUAACAAUUUCGUUACCUUCCCAUUAAUUGUUACAGAACUUACUUCUCUUGAAGUUUUAAACUUCUCACAUAAUAAUUUGUAUAGAAUUUGUUCCGAGGUCAAUCGGCUAGGGAACUUAAAGGAGCUUUACCUUCAGUCAAACGACUUAUCAGGCCAGCUUACUCAACAAAUGGGUUCUUUACGAAAAUUAGAAAUCAUUGAUCUUCGUUUUAAUUCUUUAAGUAAUAUCGGUGCUUUAUCUGAAUGUCCUAAUUUGAAAGAAAUCCGUGCCUCUUACAACAUAAUUUCCCAUCAUGAAUUCCCUUGCAGCUCUGCUACAUACAUUGAUUUUUCACAUUGCCCCUUAACUAUCCUGGAGCUACCUAAUAAAGGAUUUAGUUCACUUGUAUAUCUUGAUGCCUCCCAUGCCAAGCUUGUAACUAUCAAAGAAUCAAUGAUGCAGAGUCUUGUCAACUUGGAAACAUUAAAUAUGAGUUAUAAUCACUUCGUCCAGAUUCCGGAUACGAUCUCUAAUUUAAAAAAUCUUAAGUUUCUUUAUUGCACAAAUUGUGAAAUUUCUUAUGUUUCGCCAGAACUUGGAAAGCUAUCGAAAUUGACUCUAUUAGACUUGCACGCUAAUAAUAUUAAGGUAUUUCCAGAAGAAGUUUGGCAAAUUUCGGCUUUGAAAAUGGUUAACCUUUCGUCUAACAUUCUCGAAAAAAUAAAAUUACCAAUGGCGGGUACUAAACAAUCAACAAGGAGUGUAAGUCAAUUAAAAAUUAUGCGAACGUUGUCAGGUAGUCCUAUUUCUAAUACUUCCUCAUCUGAAUACAUAUAUCCGUCAGUUGAAGAACUAAUUCUUGUGGAUAAUCGCCUCGGAGAUGACUGUUUUAAACCGAUAAGUUUUUUUAAAGAAAUUCGAAUCUUGAACUUGUCAUAUAAUUACUUAACGGAAAUUCCGAAUACCUUUUUCGAAAAUUUCUCACAUCUUAACCAUGUAUUUUUGUCUGGAAAUAAGCUCUCAAAUAUUUCUAUUACUCGUGACUCUCGUGUUUCUUUGGAAUCAUUGUACGUUAAUGGAAAUAGAAUAUCAUCUUUUCCCAAAAAUGAAACACUAUCGCAAAGCUUGCGUUUCUUAGACUUGGGAAAUAACAACUUACAAAGUCUUGCAGUCAGUCGAUCUAACGAAAACACUCAGAACAUUUCACCUAAACUGGAAAGCCUUGAUCUUUCUGGAAAUAGUUGGUUUCAAUUCCCUAAGCAUGAUGAUAGUAAAGUCACAAGAUCAAAUUUCAAUCGAUUGAAAGUUUUGAGUGUAUUUGAUGUGAAUGCAGAAAUUCCUGUGGACAAUACUGAUAUAUUGAAUCGUGUAGUACAUCGAUCAUCCCCGAUUGACGAUGGUUUAAAAUGUGGAAUUUCUGGUUAUUUAUCUCGUAUAAACCCAGUCAUCUCAACUGUAGAACUUAUUUUGAAGAAUUUUAUAUACCCUCAUUGGUCACUUUAUUGCAUAUUUGAUAGCGAUAUAGGAGCUGGACAUUAUAAUCGGGUUCUCAAAUUUGCUUAUGAGAAUAUAGCUUCUUGUUUAGCUGAAGAAUUGAGCACAUGUGGAUCUUCUAGUGAACAAGUUCGGAACGCAUUAAGAAAGGGGUUUUUGAAAUUGAACAAAAAGUUGGGCAACACCAUCUAUCAUGAUUUGGAGACAGUUGCUGAGUAUAAGGAAAAGAAUGAAAGCCUUCCCAAAUCCGAUAAAGGCUACUAUAUGGAUGAAACAUGUAUGGACAUCGGAGUUAGCAUUGCCUUAAUUUAUAUUCGAGAUACACGCGCUUUCGUUGCGAACGUUGGUACCUCAAUGUCUUUAAUGUCUACAAGAAACGAUUCCGAGCCAACUUUAUUAAGUAAUGUUCAUGAUACAUUAAAUAAGAGAGAAAUACGUCGAGUUAUAGAUUCGGCAGGACUGAUUUCUGGUCGCAUAAAAUCCACUACUACCAGAGCAAUUGGUAGAUUGUCCCAGUUCCCCGGUGUACAAGCUGUGCCGCAUGUGAAUGUUCAGCCUCUUUCAGAGUUGAACGAAUUUAUAGUUUUAGCCAAUAAGGAAUUUUGGAACGUAAUGUCAAAACGGAUUGUUAUCGAUAUUGUUCGCACUAACAGGCAUUCAAUGCUCCUGGCUUCAACGAAGUUACGUGAUUAUGCUAUAGCUUAUGGCGCUAAGAACAAUACAAUAGUAAUGGUCUUAGAUUUAAGUGUUUUAUUUGAAACAAAUUCCGCUUACGCAAUGAAGGUCCAUAAAGAUGAGGAGGAUUCUACCCAAGCUGAAGGAAAUGAAGGAGUGCCAUUUUCUUCUCAGAAUUUGCCAGAUGAUUCAUCGCUAGCUAGGAUGAACCGAGAAGUUUCACCUCCUCACGGAAGUAUUGCAAUGGUAUUUACGGAUAUAAAGAAUUCCACGCUUUUGUGGGAACGACAUCCGGUAGCUAUGAGAUCGGCAAUUAAGACGCAUAAUACAAUUAUGCGAAGACAGCUUCGUGCUACGGGUGGUUACGAAGUUAAGACAGAAGGAGAUGCCUUUAUGGUUUGUUUCCAGACGGUGCCGGCUGCUCUGCUAUGGUCUUUUUCUGUGCAAUUGCAAAUGCUUUCUGCAGACUGGCCGAACGAAAUUGUAGAGUCGGUCCAAGGAAGAACUGUUUUGGGGCCUAAAAAUGAGGUUUUAUAUAGAGGACUUAGUGUACGCAUUGGGGUUAAUUAUGGUGUGACAGUGAGCGAGUUAGAUCCUAUUACGCGACGCAUGGAUUACUAUGGUCCUAUGGUGAAUAGAACAUCUAGAGUUGCAUCAGUAGCGGAUGGUGGGCAGAUUGCUGUUUCAGCAGAUGUUGUUACCGUCUUGAAUCGAUUGGAAUCGGAUGCGAUGUCUUCAGAAAGAUCUGCGAGAUACUCAAUGGAAAUCCGUGCAUUGAAGCAAGUAGGAUAUAUUAUACAUAGCAUUGGAGAAUUCAAGCUCAAAGGUUUGGAAACACCCGAAAACAUUUCCUUGGUCUUUCCUCUUCAGCUAGAGGGGCGGUUGGAACGACUGAUCAAAAAUCGGAAUGCAGAAGGUGCGAACGAAAAACGAAAAAGUCAGGAGGAAUCUUCAACUAGAAGCAGAAGUAACAGCCUAAGACCGAUAUUAGCGAGAAUUGGGGAAUCGAAAUUUAAUGAUGAAAAUCAGUAUGCUCGAAGUUCUUUAUCAUCUGUUCGAAGUAGAUCACCUACGGGAAGUUCAUCGGGAUAUGAAGGAAACAUCUUUGAAGAGUAUCAAUACCAAAGAUUAUUUGAAAUCUGUGAACGUUUAGAAGAUAGGGUUGCAACUUUGCAUGGUUAUCCAGAACCUCCGGAAAGUGAUCCAGGUCUUGCUGCUCCAGUGAAUAUAGCAGAGGAGUAUGCAUUGUUCUAUCGGUUAACACUUCGGAUUGAAAACACGAUCUAUUGUGUAGGCCAAAUGCUUGGACAUACGUGAUAAAGCUUUUCGUUUUUGGGUACAAUUGAUCAUUUCAUUUGAUAACCUUUUUUUCUUGUGAAUUUGAAUGUACAAAUAUAUAAUUCUUACUUUUUCUACUUAGGUUACUAAUAUUAUUUAUUGAUAAGGAUA